UUACGUAUACAGCUUUGAUUACUUGUCAGAAGUGAUUACUCAGGAAUGACAAAGCAAAGGUUCUAGUCUCUAAAGGCUUCUAUGUGAGCACCACGUUUAUGGUCUUCUACUAACACCUCACAAGUCGCGUUGUCCGGGAAUUCUGGAACUGGUUUGACUCAACGGGCAUGGUACCCCCUUGGAUGUGUAGUUGGUGGAACCAUCUAUCCCGGUCUUAUGGCAACCAGUGGUGUAAUUCACAACUUACUCCACGCACUCAAUCUCCCUGUCGAUAUCCGCAAUAUUUGCGUCUCCCUAGUUCCAGGGUUCAGCACCCUCACCGCUUGGGCACAUACUUGUUUACGAAUGAAAUGAAAGAUAAAAGUGCUGGUCUUCUUGCAGCCGUGCCGGACUACAUCUCCCAUUCCGUUGCUGGCUCAUACGAUAAUGAGGUAAUCGCCAUUUUUUUUUUGCUCGUGUUCACCUUCUUCGCAUGGAUCAGGGCACUCAAGCAGGGAAGUGCUUUUUGGGGCACAAUCGCCGCUUUUUUUUUUAACUUCUACAUGGUCACUACAUGGGGUAUGCCGUCAGCGAGUCCAAUCAUCAAAGCCACAAAUCAUCGCCAGCUUGUUUCGAGCUGUGUCCAGAAGAACUCUGCUACAAAUUCGGGUUGAUUGCAGUGCAGUCCAUUGUGCUAGCGAUAACUUUAAAAAUAGAGAUAUAAGAGAAACAAAUUCACUCCCAGCAUUGCUUGC